AUGCGAUUAUCCCAAUUCUCCAACCUAUUCCGAGCUUUCUUUACAUUUUCUACUUUGACUAGGGUUCGUCCUUUGACUCAUCAAUCACUACGCUACAACACGACACCAUUGAAGUCUAUGCCGACUAUUCCAUUCAUAGGAAGUCUUUUCAGCUCAAGUUCUAGCCAAUCAAACAAUAUGUCGUAUCCAGACCAGAGAACACCUGACGAGUGGCGCGCUGUUCUCACUAAAGAGCAAUUUAGAAUUCUCAGAGAAAAGGGCACCGAGGCGCCAGGGUCUGGGAAGUACGAUAAAUUUACCUCCGAUUCUGGAGUGUAUGCUUGUGCAGGCUGUAACGCGCCCCUAUACAAGGCAAAUCACAAAUUCAAGUCUGGUUGCGGCUGGCCUGCGUACUUUGACAGCAUUCCCGGGGCUGUAACAAGGCAUACUGAUAGCUCAUGGGGUAUGGAAAGAACAGAAAUUUGCUGCGCUAAUUGCGGUGGUCAUCUUGGUCAUGUCUUCAAGGGAGAGGGAUAUCCAACCCCAACAGAUGAGAGACACUGUGUUAACAGUAUCAGCUUAAACUUCUCCCCAGAAGAUAAACCUGCCCAAGGAGGAGAGAAAUAG